UGACCAAAUUCGAUACUCUCAUUGACCUCCAUACAUAAAAUCCUCACUUCGUGGUUUUAUUUUCGUGGACAGAUUUUGGGCGGAGUAAACUCUCUUACUUCGCCUCUUCCUCUCUGUCAAUGAGCGCUUCCCGAGGCAAAUCUUUGGCGCCUCACAUUCAUGAACUUUAAGACCGGAAAUUAAUUUGAUAAACCAUAAAACAACACCACAGUUUUUGAGUAUAGAUGUGACUGGAGCGAAUACCACACGAUGAGCGGACACAUUUCAGGAAAAAAUGGUCCCCCUCUUCCUCUCCCCUCUCUGCGCCUCAUGGUUCCACCACUGCGGCUGGUCUCAGCAGCCAUCUGGCAAACGGUCCAGCAGAGACAAGUGAUGGAUUAUGGGAUGCUGGAGGAGUUUGUUACCAUGGUCACAGAGAUGGUUCCAGAGCUUCUGAAUCACAGUCAGAGGGCCCAACUUAUUCUGGGUCUUCGAGCACGUCUGGUCCUGGAGUUGUGUUGCUCCAAGCCAAUCACAGACCUCCAGACCAUUCAGCCACACCUGGACAGGAUACAGACCCUCACACCUCUCUGGGGGACACAGGCGACUGAUGCAGAGGUAGGGUUAUCUGAAUCCAACUUCCUGGGGCUGGUUCAAACCCUUCUGAAAGACCCUGAUGAGAGAGAACAUUUCUUCCAGGAUGUUUUUCCUGUAGAAUUUGGUCCCAGUUAUGACGAAGCUAUCCAGAAACUCGUAUGGCAAUUUCUUUCGAGACUUGAGAAGCUGCUUCCCGUAUCAAGUUUCCAACAGGCUUCCUCGCUGCUCAGCAAUGUUCCCUCUGUUCUGGAGGAAUGUGUUGAGUCUGUGUCUCACCCUCAAGAGUUGAAAACCCUGCUUCAGUACCACAGAGACCUCGGCCUGCUAGACAACCAUGAUACUCUGUCUUCCACCGACGGGGACUGCAUUCUCUCUGCUCUCUGUCUCCCUCCUGUAGAAAGGGUGGUGAUUGCAACAGAACAGACAGAGUCAGAAACACCAGUAUCAUCCUUGAAUGUCUUCAUGGAUACAUUCACCAAAGAGUUGGAGGUGGACUCUGCAACAUUGACAGAGUACACAGAGAUGGAACCGGGGACAAGUAUGGAUGUAGUAGAAAGAGAGGAGAGCGUGGAAUGUGAGAGAAAGGAAAAUAAGGAGGAUGAUGAUGCAGAGUUUGCUGACCCAGAGACUGAAGAGGUGGAACCAGUGUAUGAAACUGUGACGGUUUUAGGGGAAGAUGGGACGAUGGAGCCUUUAGUCAAGAAGAAUAAGCUCAAAAGGCACAAAAGAGAGAGAAGUGAUGCCAGUGGCAUGCCUCAUGGAAAGAAACACAGAGAACCUAGCCCUGCAGAAAUGAAAAGCAUAGACCUGUCUGAUAGGAUCAUAACAUCCAUGCUUCACAAGCCCUCAGUGGAGAUACAAAGGAUUAAUACCACUAACCUAACAUUGCCCUUAAGACCAGUGAGAAGAAACAGGGGGUGUAAGAUGAAGACAUUGCUAGCAGGAGAAUGGAAACAAGCCAAAACUGAAUUUUCAGAAGAGAAACGCAGUGUCUGCAAAAGAGUUAAAACACCCCAAAACCCCAAUACAUGCACAGUGUGUGGACGUGUCUUAUCCCGCUUUUCAGACAUGAAAAAGCACAUGCAAACCCAUAACAACGGUCGCACCUAUCAAUGUCGCAAUUGUCAGAAGACUUUCAAGCACUUGUACAAUUUGCAAACUCACAGAAAGUCAUGUCUGUUUGGAACAGAGCAAAAAGAGGAGGUUCCCUCUGGAGAGGGCAGUAGUACUCCGUUUACUACGUGUGAGACAGAAUUCGCACAAUCCUCCAUAGACCGUAGAACGUGCAAAGUGUGCGGCAAGAUUGUGCAUCGCAUUGGAUACUUGAGUACCCACAUGAAGAUUCACUCAGAGAAUCGCCACUGUUCUCUCGGAGAAGCGGAAACAGUCCAGAAACCAUCACCUGAAGGAGGGGUCACAGAGCCGUCCAGUGGUCUUCCUCUUGAGGCAACACCUGAGGACAGUGACUCGUCCUUCACCAGCAGUACACACCAGGACCUGUCUUACGACCCAGAACCCAGCCAGAUCAAAAGACCCAAGUGUUCCAGCACAGCAAAGAAGCCUGACCGAAAAACUUUCCAAAAACAUAUUUGCCGUAUUUGUGGUAAAAGCGUGACUGCUGGCGCCUUUGAGUAUCACAUGAGAACUCACUCAGGCGAGCGCCCUUUCUCCUGCCCUCAUCCUCAGUGUGGGAUGAAGUUCAUACACAGCGGAGGUUUGAGGGCCCAUCUCAGACGCUACUGCAAGGUUCAGACAGUUGACGCUGCUGAGCUCGACAGCUUCGACAUACGUUUUGAGUGUGACAAAUGUGAGAAGACAUUCACUAUCCAAUCAAAACUAAGGAAACACAAACUUAUCCACGGCCCGCUCUACUGCGCAGGGUGCAGAAAGGUAUUGCCUGACUUACAAACUUUAACCAGACACAAGCUCUGGCACCGGCCUGUUCAGUGCAGCAUGUGUGAGGAGAGCUUCAUGCUCACAAACCUCAGAACGCACUAUCUGGAUGUCCAUAAGUUCAGCGGGCCGUUCGUCUGCACCCAUUGUCCGAAAAGCUACAAGAAGUUCCAUUCCCUCAUCAAACACGAGAUGGUUCACACCGGGAACCUCCCCUUACAGUGCUCCCAGUGUCCAAAAAGAUUCAUCUACAAUUAUGACCUAGUCGAACACGAGAAAAGGCACUCUGACGACAGGCCUUGUCUCUGCUGGGAGUGUGGCAAGGCCUUUUACACCAACAUUGACCUGAAACAACACAUGCAGAAUAGCCAUGGUGAAAAAUCCACAGAGUAUCGCUUCCCGUGCCGCCAUUGUGGGAAACCUUUCAGGCUUAGUAAUUCCCGUGCGAACCACGAGAAGACUCAGCACGGUGGGGUGCGUUACCCGUGUACGUACUGUGGUAAGCAGUUUGUUUGUGCAGAUUCGUUGAAAAGGCAUGAUCUGAUUCACACGGGGGAGAGGCCUUUUAAAUGCAAUCAUAAGAAUUGUGAUAAGGCUUUCAGGUCGAGAGCUGAACUAAAGAUACACAUGAGAUACCAUACUGGAGAGCGGCCGUUCAAGUGCAACGUCUGUGGAAAGGGCUUUGUUCAAGCCAAUUUUCUCACUACGCACUACAGGACUCACACAGGGGAGAAGCCGUAUUCAUGUUCCCUCUGUGACAAACGCUUUAACUACCAUGACUCCCUGAAGAGACACAUGUCUACACACUCAAACGAGAAGCCUUAUAAGUGCCUGGAUUGUGGAAAAGCUUUCGAACGUAAAACGCUGUUGAAUGUACAUCAACGAUCAUGUACAUCAUAGUAUUGAAAUGUAAUUUUUUUUUGCAUAAUAUAACAGAAGAUGUGUACAGAGUUGAUAAGAUUGUAGCCUGAUAAAUAAUUUCCCCGUUUUUUUGUUUAACAUGGUCAAUCUGUAAAUGUUAUUUUCAUAUUACUGCAGUUAUACUUUUCUUCCAUAAGUGACAUUUUAAUAAAAGUAGAAUACAAUACAUAA